CGGAGAUAAAAAUUCAUACCCCUUCAUGGUCAUUGCUCUCAAUGUCAAAAUCAAAUCCAGAAUUCCACUCCGGCAGGGACACGUGUUUUAUUUGGUAACUUGUCGACUUGUGAAAAUGAAGGACGGCUUUUCUUUCAAAGCCAAGGAUAUGAGCAAGUCAUGAGAGAUGCGUAAGAUAAACCACCGAUGGAUGUGCAGGUUACGUGCAACGUCUCCAGCCUUGAAUGUGGUCAAUUAGCACUCAUCAUCAUUCCCAGUCUCCUGGCUCUUAGCACACUGAUCAUCAUAUCUCGGAUAAUAUGGAGCUUCUUAAAGAAGAAAUCGUCAGUUCUGGGGUCUUCAGCAGUGUCUUUUGAUCAAAAUGGUCUUCUGCCUGGACACAAUGCUCUGAGCUCAUGGGAAAUGCCCGCCCACUGCAUCCUGGAUGAGGUGGAGUUCCUGAAAAAUGGCCGGUUCGGGGCUACCUGCAAGGGCCAGCUAAAACGAGAUGGAGCUGCCAGCGCUGUGAUAAUUAAAAUGUUCAAAGGAAGUUCAAACAGUCACGAGGCUAAAGUGUUCAUGGAGUUGGCCAUGUUCUACUCGGCAGUUUGCAAACACGACAAUCUGGUGCGAAUGCUGUACUGCCAGACACGACUCUCUCCCAUGUACUUGGUUUUCGAGACGAGCACUCCUGGAAAUCUGCUGCACUUCUUGUGGAGCCUUCGGGAGGGUAGUAGUCAUGGGACGUGGCAUCAAGAACAGUCUUUUUCAGAGAGAUCUGUGUAUUUAGUGGCCAAACAAGCGGCUACCGGUCUGGACUACCUGCUGUCAGAGCACAGGCUCGUGCACGGGAACGUCGCAGCACGCAGCAUGCUGAUUGGCUCCGGGCUCCUGGUGAAAGUGUCCGGAUUGGCCCCGGCUUUCGAGUCGAGGCAGACAGAGACGGAGACAGCCGGAGUGCCUCUGAAGUGGCAGGCACCAGAGAGACUACUCGGACUCCCUGUUACAGCCAGGAGUGAUGUGUGGUCCUUUGGAGUCCUUCUCUAUGAAUUGAUAACUUUAGGUGCUCCUCCAUUUCCUGAACUGGAGCCAUCGGAGAUGUUCCUCCAAACUUUGACGAAUUACAAGCUAAAAAGACCUCCGAACUGUGGAGGGGCACUGUUUGACCUCAUGAAAUAUUGCUGCAUGUGGAAUUUUAAGGAUCGCCCGGCUUAUUCUGCUGUCAUCAAACUGCUGGAGUCGUACAUCCACCUGGCUGAUACUAAACCCCUAAGAGCAACUCAACAUAUGGACAUUUCUGAAUACAGAAUUAAGGCAGGAGUUCCACCUUGAGCGUUCGGUGCGUACACAAGGCCGUACUCAGAGUUCUUCAGAGAUAGGUUACACAGUCGCUCAAGUCGAUUUUCUGGCCUCCAAGAUUGCCAAAUUUUUCUUCUGUGAAAGCAUCUGAGACUUGGGUUUUCAAUCGCAUCUGGACUACUACCUUUAAACACAAGUGCUUGCCUUUACACCUGAUAAAAAACAAAAUGUGACUGAAGCGCAAGCGUCAAAUGUAAUAUGAUGUAACAAAAAACAAAGGGACAAUAUCUAAUAAGAGUCUAAUAUAUUGCCAAAAUUUGAUUGCAUGAAUAGUCCUGUUUUAGCAAAUGUGCCAUUAAAUAUGGCUUCCACCCUCAUCAUUCAGCAGCUUAUAGAAUAGCACUUGAUCCAGCACGUGCUAUUAUUUUGCCUCGAUUUUUAAAAUCAUGGCCCGACAUGUAAUUUGAAGCCAUUAGAUACAAAAUCGAGGUCAUAAAAUCAUAACGUGUAUGUGUAGUAGUCUAUUUUUAUCACGCCUUUAAUUUAUGUUGGGUUUGUCUGAUUACUGAAAUAAUGUUCGUAUUCAAUAAAUUCAGUGCACUCGCCUGUGAAGAAAACGGGUCCAUGAUUUGAAAAAUAAGCUCACCGAGCUCUCGUCCACUAUGCUUGCAUCUUAAUAUAAGUAUUGUUUAUCAUUUUUAUGCAUAAAAAUACAGUCAAGAUAAGCAGUGUCUUGAAUUAAAAUGCUGUGAUGUCUUCGGUGUGAAACAAGGAGCACUUUAAAAGGAUGAUGCUAUUUAUUAAUUAAUUAACUGUGUCAUAUUUCUGUGUUGAAUGUUGCCCUCAAUACCCAGAGCAUGAACAUCAGUGUGACACAUUGUGGUUACAUCACACUGUCAGACAGUAGCGCUGGACUUAAUACUUCUCCUCAAUUAAGCUGAUGUCACGCAAGAAAAACGAGCUUAAGUUUAGAACGUUUAGACAAGCUCCGUUUUAGGCAAACUCUUCCCCACAUGAGCAGUAUUUACGCUCUUUCCGAAAGAAAUCCUCACUACACAGGCCCGCAGUCUCAAAUGAACAUGCCAGAAAUCACAAAAUUCAACAGCUGGAGAAAUUUGGAGGAUGUGCAUUUUUUUUUUAAUCAAAAUGACAUUUAAUCCAGUAAUUAGAUGAAUAAAGUUACUCAAGCAUUAACCUUCAUCAAACUGUACUGGCUUUUAUUAUGCAUCACUGCCUACAUGUCACAAAGCAGCUCAAGAGACACUGGCAGUUAAAAAAAAAUCUGAAUCAAAUGACAUUUUGAUUCCUCUGAAUAAUAAAAUACACCAUUUUUCAACGGAUUGUAUUUUAAAAAUGUCAGUGGACUAAUAAGAAGACACUUUAUCCAUUUGAGUUUUAGUUUUCCUAAGGUUUUCUCACACUCAUGCUUUAGCUUCUGUUUUUUUAAAUUUCCCUUUUAAUAAAACAUCUGCGUUACUAGUAUGAAAAUACCAAUUAUGGUACAUAUAUACAAGACAUUGUUCUUAUAAUUUCCCCAUGAAUAAAAUUCACCAAAAUAAUAUCACCCCACUGCAGUUGUGG